GAACACACAGAAUGCUACGACCAUCGAACGUUCCAAGCGGCAGUUUUGUAGAUGGGAAUCGAUGUUUCCACUUUGCCUUUUAAGAUAAAUAACUUUUUUGAAGAGAAACGGUGAAUGUGCGAAGCGGUGGAGACCUCCGGAUCACGAAAUGUUGGGAUGGAAGGUGCAGACUUUGACUCGCCGUCUCCAACAGGAGUAUGAAGUACUUUACGGGUGUGAGAUCACCGAGAGUGAAACUUUGUUGCCUUGGGACAUUACUACACGCUUUCGGGGAAAUAUUAUAACGUGUAAAAGCAGAACCAGCACGAAGUCUCCGCAACAUGGCCUCGGCUGCUAAUGCCUCCUCCGAGCAGGAAAACAGGGACCCCGAUCGGCCGAGGAUAACGCGGAGGAACAGGGGGAACUAUCGCACAACAGCGCCGGAUUUGGAGUAUUUGCAGCGACCAAGUUACUGCGAUGCAGCUUUCGCUUUGGAGCAAAUAUCCGAGGGGAAGGCGACUGGAAGAAAAGCACCGCUGUGGCUGAGAGCGAAGUUUCAGAGACUCUUGUUUAAGUUGGGCUGUUACAUACAAAAGAACUGCGGAAAGUUUUUGGUUGUGGGCCUCUUGAUAUUCGGAGCUUUCGCUGUUGGCUUACGGGCGGCGAAUCUGGAAACCGACGUGGAGAAACUCUGGGUAGAAGUGGGCGGCAGGGUGAAUCAGGAGCUGAAGUACACGCGUCAGAAGAUGGGCGAGGAGGCCAUGUUCAGUCCCCAGCUGAUGAUCCAGACGCCGCGGCAGGAGGGCGCUAACGUGCUCACUGUGGAGGCACUGCAGCAACACCUGGAUUCAGCUAUCAGGGCCAGCCAAGUGCACGUUUACCUCUUUAACAGACAAUGGAAAUUGGAACAUUUAUGCUACAAAUCAGGAGAACUUGUUACCGAAGCUCAUUUUAUGGACCAGAUCAUUGAGAAGCUGCACCCCUGUCUCAUCAUCACGCCCCUGGACUGUUUCUGGGAGGGAGCCAAGCUCCAGUCUGGAAUGGUCUAUCUCCCCGGAAAGCCCCCCCUGCAGUGGACCAACUUUGACCCCAAGGAGUUCCUGACGGAGCUGCGGACUCUGAAGUUCCAGGUGGACAGCUGGGAGGAGAUGCUGGAGAAGGCUGACGUGGGACACGGCUACAUGGACCGACCCUGUCUCAACCCCCAAGACCCCGACUGUCCACUCACUGCCCCCAACAAGAACACCACCAAGCCCUUUGACGUGGCUCGCGUCCUGACUGGCGGAUGCCAUGGCCUCUCCAGGAAGUACAUGCACUGGCAGGAAGAGCUGAUCGUAGGGGGGACCACCAAGAAUGGCACCGGACCGCUACUCAGUGCCCAGGCAUUACAGACCAUGUUCCAGCUGAUGACUCCUAAGCAGAUGUUUGAGCACCUGAAGGGUUAUGAGGAGGUGUCCCAUAUCAACUGGAACGAAGACAAGGCUGCAGCCAUACUGGAGGCCUGGCAGAGGAAAUACUCGGAGGCAGUACAGCAGAGUGUAGCCGUCAACUCGUCUCAGAAGGUUUUGUCGUUUACCACCACCACUCUGGAAGACAUCCUCAAGUCUUUCUCUGAUGUCAGCGUCAUACGAGUGGCCAGCGGCUACCUGCUGAUGUUGGCCUAUGCUUGUCUGACCAUGCUACGUUGGGACUGUGCUAAGUCUCAGGGAGCUGUAGGACUGGCUGGUGUCCUCUUGGUGGCGCUGUCUGUGGCUGCAGGCCUGGGGCUCUGCUCUCUGUUGGGCAUAUCCUUCAACGCUGCCACCACACAGGUGCUACCGUUCCUGGCACUAGGUGUGGGUGUGGAUGAUGUGUUUCUCCUGGCCCACGCGUUCAGUGAGACGGGACAGAACAAGAAGAUCCCCUUUGAGGACCGUACGGGGGAGUGUUUGAAGAGGACAGGAGCAAGUGUAGCUCUCACCUCUAUCAGUAACGUCACUGCUUUCUUCAUGGCAGCCCUCAUCCCUAUACCUGCCCUACGAGCCUUCUCUCUGCAGGCUGCGGUGGUGGUGGUGUUUAACUUUGCCAUGGUACUGCUCAUCUUCCCUGCCAUCCUCAGUAUGGACCUGUAUCGCAGAGAGGACCGCCGCUUUGACAUCUUCUGCUGCUUCUACAGCCCGUGUGCUAACAGGGUGAUCCAGAUCGAACCCCAGGCUUACCUGGACGGAGCAGACGGCAGUCACUACAGCCCCCCUCCUACCUCCUUCCGCACCCCCCAUCCCUCCUACAGCAGCCAUGGUUUCUCCCAGCAGACUCAGAUCACCAUGCAGUCUACCGUCCAGCUGAGGACAGAGUACGACCCCAGGACUCAGGCCUUCUACACUACGGCCGAACCCAGGUCCCAGAUCUCCGUACAACCGUUUACACCCGCAGCCACCGGCCCCGCCAACAACCCCAACGCCAGUCACGGUGUUCAUGGCAACAACAACCACCAUAGCAACCAUCACAGCCGGAGUGGGAGUAGCAGUAGUCACGGCAACCUGAACAACAACAAUGGUGGGCGUGGUUCCGGCUCAGUCCCGUUCCCUCCUCCCCUGUCCUCCUCUGGCGUUCCCCCUGUCUCCCCCCAGGCGGGGGAGGGGGUGUGUGUGUCGGGGGAGAGUGCCAGCUCCUCCAGGGAUCUGCUGUCCCAGUCUGGAGAGGCCUCUCUGGGGCUGCGCUGUCUGGAGCCCCCCUGCUCCCGAUGGACCCUGGCCUCCUUCGCAGAGAAACACUACGCCCCCUUCCUACUGCAGCCCACCACCAAGGUGGUAGUCAUCCUGCUGUUCCUGGUCCUGCUGGGGGUCAGUCUGUACGGGACCACACGGGUACGGGACGGGCUGGAGCUGACCGACAUCGUUCCCAGGGAGACCAGCGAGUACGACUUCAUCGGGGCCCAGUUCAAGUUCUUCUCCUUCUACAACAUGUACGUGGUGACCCAGCGGGCGGAGUACUCCCAGGCCCAGCCCCUGCUCUACCAGCUGCACUGCAGCUUCAACACGAUCCGCUACGUACUGAGGGAGGACAACGGCCAGCUGCCACUCAUGUGGCUCCACUACUUCAGGGACUGGCUGCAAGGUCUGCAGGCAGCGUUUGAUCAGGACUGGGAGUCGGGUCGGAUCACACAGAGCAGCUACAGGAACGGUUCAGACGACGGGGUCCUGGCCUACAAAUUGCUGGUACAGACCGGACGCAGGGACAAGCCCAUCAACUUCAACCAGCUGACGAGGCAGCGCUUGGUGGAUGCGGAUGGCAUCAUCAACACGGGGGCGUUUUACAUCUACCUGACGGCGUGGGUCAGCAACGACCCGGUGGCGUACGCAGCCUCGCAGGCCAACAUACGGCCACAUCCCCCGGAGUGGCUCCACGACCGCACAGACUCCAUGCCCGAGACACGCCUCAGCAUUCCUGCCGCCGAGCCCAUCGAAUACGCACAGUUUCCCUUCUACCUCAACGGGCUCCGCGAGACCCCCCAGUUUGUGGAGGCCAUCGAGUCGGUGCGGGCCAUCUGCAGUAACUACAGCCGCCAGGGCCUGCCCAGCUACCCCAACGGCUACCCCUUCCUCUUCUGGGAGCAGUACGUAGGCCUCAGACACUGGCUGCUGCUCUCCAUCAGCGUGGUGCUAGCCUGCACCUUCCUCGUCUGUGCCCUCUUCCUGCUCAACCCCUGGACCGCCGGCAUCAUCGUCCUGGUCCUGUCUCUGAUGACCGUGGAGCUGUUUGGUAUGAUGGGGCUGAUAGGGAUCAAGCUCAGUGCUGUUCCUGUGGUCAUCCUCAUCGCCUCGGUGGGCAUCGGAGUAGAGUUUACUGUCCAUGUGGCUCUGGCAUUCCUCACAGCGAUAGGGGACCGUAACAGGCGGGCAGUGCUGGCGUUAGAACACAUGUUUGCUCCGGUUUUGGACGGAGCCUUCUCUACUCUACUAGGAGUCCUCAUGCUAGCAGGCUCCGAGUUUGACUUCAUCGUCAGGUAUUUCUUUGCUGUGCUGGCCAUCCUGACAGUUCUGGGGGUGCUGAAUGGUUUGGUCCUUCUUCCUGUGUUGCUGUCCUACUUCGGCCCCUAUCCAGAGGUGACCCCUGUGGAUGGGCGUAGCCGGUUACCCACCCCUUCCCCGGAGCCUCCUCCUCACGUGGUCCACUUCUCAGUCCACCCACGCCACACCACCUCUGGCACGGGGACAGGAACGGGCUCUGACUCGUCCGACUCUGAGUACAGCUCCAACACCACGGUAUCAGGCAUUAGCCAGGAGCUGCAGCAGUACGACCUCCCCGCCACUAGGGGCAGAGCUGGGAGAACAGAGGACAUGCAGUACGGCAUCCAGACCAGCAGGGGCAGAGCUGUUAGAACAGAGGAGGUGCGACUAGGAGCAGGGCCAAGAAGAACAGCUAGACAAGGAGACGCCACGGCCUACUCUGUGUCUUCUUCGGUCCUGCCGGAGUCAGGGGCCCACCCUGGUGCAUCCCGUCGCUUCAGCAAAAGGGACCUACAGUCGCUGCCCCCAGCACGCCCGCGCAUGGACGCUUUUGAAACUGCUACUGAGGCUGGAGGCCAUUACAGCUCCGGAGGCCAUUUUGGCUCGGGCGGCCACAGAGAACGCUCCGCGGGGCACAGGACCCGUCCAUCCCACAACCCCCGGCCCAAUCACCACCAACCUCACCACCCUAACCCCGCCCCUACUUACUGUCAGCCAAUCACCACGGUAACGGCCUCUGCGUCGGUUACCGUCGCCGUCCACUCUGCCCCUCCCCCCACUCAGAGCCCCACUUCCUCUUACCCAGGACACACUGCAGCAAACAGUUACCACACAGCAGGCGGCGCAGAGCCGGCGCCUGCCUUCCAGGACCCCCAUGUGCCACUGGAGGUCCAUAUCAGCUGCAGAGGAACCAAGAUGGAGGCCAUGGAGCUCCAGGAUGUGGAGUGUGAGGCAGCUGAGAGCGACUGUGGCAAGAGGGCAAGCUGAGUGGAGGAGAGCAGAAGUACAGCGGCCAAAGAUGGACUCCCUCUCUCACUCAGCGGCCCACAGCGCAGCGACACACAUAACCCAGUGGUGGGCUAGCGCCAUGGUGCUCAAUCGUACUGGAACCCAGUGGAUGUUUGUUUCAGAUAUCUCUAUCCAUAUUUAAAAGAUGUACACUCAUGUAAAUAUGAAAACAAAAAUAGCUAUAAUGUAGGAGCUGUACAACUCCUUUUUUAACAGACUGGGGACGUCAUUUUGUAUGGCGCGUGUGUGUGUGUGUGUGUGUGUGUGUGUGUGUGUGUGUGUGUGUGUGUGUGUGUGUGUGAGAAAUCUCUGAUUACUGUUCACUCAUCUGUGGAUCUGUGCCAUGAGGAAACUUCAUCUAGACAAUACAUUUCAGCAUACAUUGCUGCUGCUUAAGAUAUUUUGGUAAUGACGUAUGAUAACUGUGUACACAAACUUGUAUAAUACUUCUAUGCAAAUGUUUCUUUUACGUUAUAAAGAGGUGAGCGAGUGUGCAAGGGUGAUUGUGUGUGUGUGUGCGUGUGUGCGUGGGUAAAUCAUCAGAUCCAUCUCUCAAGAAAUAGGCUAACGAUCACGUCAUGUGAAGCGUUACACAAGAACUACACGGAGAUUGUGUGUGUGUAUGCGUGUGUAUGUUUGUGUAUAAAGGUCCGCUUUUGAAAAAAAAAAAACGAUUAAUUUGCUUAUCACAAACCUGUGGUAGUUAUGAAACAAUUACUGUUGAACUCUGACUCACGCUAUGCGUGCUAUUUAAGACGAGCAUAUUAUGAAGAAGAUAUGCAGCUGUGUUGUUUGUGACUGUCCCUGCGUCGUAGCUUCCGCAUCGUCUCCGCUCUGAGCUCUUGUGUUGUUGUCUGGGGAUUGUUUUACUGUAAAAGGCCAUGCGUGCCUUGGCUGUCCCUCGGACUCAAUUGCCCAUCUCCCCUUUUCUCUGGUGAUGUCAUAGCUCUCGGCAGCCAUCUUAUAGUAGCAUGAGUGGGCGUACAAGUAUCACUCCCGUAGCUAAUGCAUAUUACAGUCGGAGUACAAAAUCCAUGGUAGCUAGUCAACCCCAUUAUGGAGGAUAUUUUUUUUAUAAUCAUUUUUUUCUCGUGGAUGCAACUUCUGUUAUUCUAACUGUAAAUAUACAGUUUUUGUCAAAAGUUUGGACACACCUACUCAUUCAAGGCUUUUCUUUAUUUGUACUAUUUUCUACGUUGUAGA